AUGAGUCCUGCGGGUCAUCAUCCAAACAAUGCUCCGGAGACGACGGCGCCACCUCCUCCACCGUCCGACACGCCGUCUUCGAGCAUUAUCACCAACGCGACGCAAUACACGUCGCCGGGUGGCGGCAGACACCAAAUGGUUUCGCGGGCAUCCACCGUCUCGACUACUGCCACUCCACAACCCGUUGCAGCAUCGCCAUCAUCCAUGCUACAAUGGACCUCGUCCAUGUUGCACUCGUCUCCAUUCCCAUCCAAGGACAAGUCUGCUGGCGUGUCGGCGUUUGACAAUCAUCACCACCACCACUCGCCUGCUGCGACAGUAUCGUUCGAAGAUAUCUUGUCCGAACUGCAGUCGUGGAACGAUUGCUUGUUUGAACAGCCGCAUCUGCACAGCAGUCAUGGCGGAUGCCUUCCGCCGGCGAUGACGCUUUGCAAUUCGGACGUCUGCCACACUACUGCACCGCACUCGCACUGGAUGCCCACCAAUGCUGAGCAGCAGCAGCAGCAGCAGCAUACUCCAGGCGCCUUGCAGAACAGCGGAGGCGGCCCGCAAGACGCACGGCCGCAACUGUGUCAGUGGGGAGGAUGCAACGAGCGCUUUUGGACAGUCGAGGAGCUGGUUGCCCAUGUCAAUCACUCACAUCUCGUACGUCAAAAUGCGACUACCGACGGUGCGCAACAAGCAUCGGUGGCGGACAGCUCGUUCCUCGCAUCCAUCUCGCAGGGUGCAAAACCCGUGGUGGAGUCGCGGACACAGUCGAGCGCAGAGGUGCAGGCUGGUGCGGGCGGCCACCUCGAAUGUCUUUGGAAAGACUGUCACCAGGUACCGUUGCCCGGCAAGCCAGAGUUUGGGACAUUUACGCCCACGACCGAGGCGGAUUUGUGGAAGACGCACGACCCGGCAGCAGCAGUAGGCGGAGCAACAGGUCAGGACGACAAGAUCUCGCUCGCCAUCCUACAGCAUCUCUUGCACGACCAUCUUGGUCAGCAAUCUACCGCGCCUUUCUCACUUAAAGGUGGCGAUCAUCCACCUUUCACCCCACCAGCCCCCUCUUCUCCUUACAAGCUCGGUGAUGCUGGUCUGUCCACCUCUAAGGAUAGCGCGGCAUCUUCGAAGUUGGCCGGCAGCAAGCGCAAAAGUAGCCAUGACAGUGGCCUCAGCAGCAGUUGCAGUUGCAGCAGUAGCAGCGAGCCACACCAACUGCAAUGUCGAUGGCAAGGCUGCUCGGCAAGUUUCGACACGCAUUCAGCGCUGACGGAGCACAUCGAGCUAGUGCAUGUAGGCUCCGGCAAAGCCGAAUACGAAUGCGGCUGGGUCGGGUGUGCCCGGCAUGCAUCUGGCCAAAAAUUCUCGCAAAAGCAAAAAGUGCUGCGUCACAUCCAGACGCACACCGGCGAUCGACCGUUCAAGUGCUCCGAGUGCGGCAAACGGUUCAGCGAGCAGAACACGCUAGCGCAGCACAUGCGCACGCACACGCUCGAGCGGCCGUACGUAUGCGACUAUCCGGGCUGCGGUAAAGCGUUCAGCGUGGCUGGCUCAUUGACGAUUCACAAGCGCACGCAUACGGGCAGCGGCAAGCCAAACACCGGCCAGCACCGUACAGUAUACGACGACUUUUUCAACAUUCUCGAAUCGCCCAACUCGCCGAACACAACUGUCUCCGUGGCGUCCACCUCGCCAACCUCGCUCACGCUCGCCGACGGCCUGGUGCUCUCGGAGCCGAUUGUGAUCCUCAACAACCACGUCUUUCUUUGGGACCAUCCGAAGCUCAAUCAGGACUACGCCGUGCCGAGCGGGAUCGGAUGGGAGGACUGGCUGGGAAGUGGGCAGGCGGUGAAGCCGGGUGUGAAGCUCGAGGUCAGUGAGAAGGUGAAGGAUGCAUUUCGGAUGUUCGAAUUGGUGGACGAGAGGCCGGAGAUCCUGCUUUUUGGCACGGGAAAGCGGGUUUUGCCACCUCCCGCGCCCAUCAGGCAGUGGUUGAACGAGUUGGGUAUCCAGCUGGACGUUCAGAGUACUCACGACGCAGCAUCGACCUUCAACAUGCUGUCUGAGGAGGAUCGCAAAGUAGCCGCUAUCCUGAUCCCCGCCGAACCCACUCCGAAGAAACGCUACACCCCGCAAGACUUGCAGCGUCUGCUUUCGGGUCAAGAGCAAUAA